AUGGCUCCAGUGCAACGAAGAGACACACCAGCGAAAACGAGUAGUGGCUGUACAACAAGCACCCGCCAGCUCCAAAGCAACGUGCGCAACUGCCUCGACGCGUACCUCAAGGUCGGCAAGUACUGGGUUCACACGUCGCUGUGCGACGGCGCUAAGAGCAACCAGAAGUGGCACGUGGACUUUGCCGACCACCGCAUCAAGCACGACACGCACCCGAACGUGUGUCUGGACGCCGACCCCACGGACCCCCAGCGCAAGGUCCAAGUGUGGGAUACUGGUCCUUGA